GUUGUGUUUGGCCCAUAAUAGUCACGUUACCAUGUUUGUCAUUGCAUCGGUAACCGUGACUACCCCACAUUUUCAAACAUCAAGUCUUCAUCAUCUCUUGUGUUCAUCAUGCUGCAUCACCCCGCGUGUUCCCAAAUCCCGUACGAAUUUUGAUGUUGAAACUUUGAAGCCCGGUAUGAAUAAUCCUUGCGAACACCCGACCCGACUCCAAGUGAAUUAAAUGAUUAACCCCAACACACUGUCUGAGUUCACAAAAUUCCACAACACCUGGAUCCUUCGAAACAUCUGCAUCAAACGAAAGAUAAACACCAAGACAGCUUCGAAAGAUGAUCUUUCGAAGUCUUUCGAGCACAUGUCACAUAUCUUUCGAGCAUCUUUCGAGCACAUGUCACAUAUCUUUCGAACACCUUUCGAAGUUGGACAUGGCUGAUCCUUCGUACACCUCAGACUUGAUCCUUCGAAGUCUUUUUGAUCCUUCGAAGAACUGAUGAUCUUUCGAGCACUCCUGUUCAUCUUUCGAAUCUCCUUGAUCGAAGGAUGAUCUUUCGAGGUCGAAAGUUAUCCUUCGAUGGUCCUGACACAAGGACAGAAAGUACGACAGGUGUCAGAAAAGUUGAUGUGGUAGGUGACCAACUUUCGCACAUUUCGAAGCAUGAAAAUUUGAAUUUUGAAUUUUGUUUCAUCCUUCGAAAAACUGUUCAAUCUUUCGAGGACAAACAGCAUCUUUCGAAAUUUUAAGCUGUCAAGAACAUCAAGAACACGGAGGACUGUUCAUCUGCAGAUUUGACGAAAAUGCUUGUACACGUUGUUUUGAUGAAGAAAACUUGAGUAUUUUAGAGAAAAACAUAAAACCCAACACCCGGUUUAGCACAGAUCUGGAUAUCCGGGUCCAGAUCUGGGUUUUUCUCAUUUUCACCUUUUUUACAUCUUGAACAAAAACCCACAAAAAUCACAGAUCUAGAGCACAUGUGACUUAGUAAACGGUUAGUUUUACUAAAUCGGGCACCAUGGCUCUGAUACCAAUUGUAGGUCCAGGUUUCGGGAUCCAACCCGUGAUUUUCGUGUUCAUGUUCAAAGAUGGAAGAGAUAAGAGAGGAUAAACAUAACAAACUUUGUAUUAAUCCGGUAGUAAACAUUACAAGUCGGCCCGGUUACAUGACAACCGAACUAAUACCAAAGAAGUAUACAUCCGGGGAGAAACCAAGUGGUGAUUUCUCCCGGUGAGGUCUCAGACCUCCAUUCUCUCUCUAGCACACACUUGUGCUCUCACUCUUAUGUUGCAAAUGACAAAGUGUUGGUAUUUAUACCAAAACAAACACUGCAGGUCGAAGGAUCAGACUGACUGGUCGAAACAUCAUCCUUCGAUCAGACAGUCUUCGAAAGAUACUCACAUACCUCGAAUGAUAUCCUUCGAUAUCCUUCGAGGUCCAUCCUUCGAUGGGUAUCUUUCGAGCUCAUCGAAGGAUAUUCAUAAUCCUUCGAUGCCUUAUCCUUCGACACCAAUAACAACACAGCAACUUUGUCUAGCAACACACACACACAGUCAAACCAACAACCCUCUCGUUUGACCACUUCAAACGAGCGGGUCUAUACACGUUCGUUUGACCGUUUCACUAACUAUUACAAAUUCAGCAUAAAAUAAUAACUAAUCUAUUCGACAAGCAUCGGACACAAAAUCUGCAUCAACAGUUAGAGCUUGUAUGGGGUGAUGAGCUAAAUGAUUCUCGAAAUGACAUGCUUAAAAAAGAGGUCCUAAAUGAGCUGAAGCCUUGUCAUGAUAAGUUAUUAAAACUCAAACUUAUGUCAUAUGGGGGAUCAGAGUUUCCAAAGUGGGUUGGGGAUCCCUCGUUCCUUCAUUUGAAGCAUGUGUCAAUAAGUGGCUGUAAGAGAUGUACAUUAAUACCGCCACUGGGACAACUACCGUCACUGAAGGAGUUGUUUAUUCGAGGCCUAAAUGCAGUGGAAGCUGUGGGUUCUGAGUUAUUUGGGACUGGUCGCACAUUUCCUUCACUUGAAACUCUGAGUUUUAGUGAUAUGAGUGGGUGGAAGAAAUGGUCAGGGGCUGUGUUUCCACGCUUGCAAAAGCUUGAAAUAACUCGUUGUCCUAAUUUGGUUGAAGUCACACUUGAAGCACUGCCUUCAUUGAAUGAUCUAGAAUUAUAUAAAUGUGACAGUGGUGUGUUGAGAAGGCUGGUUGAAGUAGCAUCAGCAGUCACCAAGUUGGAUAUAAAGGAGAUUUCAGGGCUUAAUGAUGUGAUGUGGAGAGGUGUUAUAGAGUUUCUUGGGGCAGUUGAAGAUUUAGAGAUAUGGUGGUGUAAUGAAAUAAGAUACCUGGUGAAAUCAGAUGCAGAUGCAACUAAGAUUCUUGUGAAGCUGAGGAAACUGGUUGUGUGGCAUUGUGAUAAUUUGGUGAGUAUAGGAGAGAAAGAAGAGGAGGAUAAUUGUAGGAGCAACCUCCUAACAUCUCUUAGGACGUUGGAUGUGUCUCGUUGUAAGAAUAUGGAGCGUUGUAGCUGUCCAGAUGGCGUUGAGGAGUUGACUGUCUCUGGUUGUAGUUCAAUGACAGUUAUCUCCUUUCCGAAAGGAGGACAGGAGAAGCUCAGGUCACUUAGAAUCUGGCAUUGCAGGAACGUAUUGGAAAAGGAGUGGGAGUGGGGAGGAAAAAAAAUGAACAACAACAGAAGCAGCAUGCCCAUGCUUGAAUAUGUAUCUAUACUUGAUUGGCCAAAUCUGAAAUCAAUAAUUGAAUUGAACUGCUUGGUUCACCUCACUGAAUUGAGUAUAGAAGAUUGUGAAAGUCUUGAGUCAUUUCCAAACACUUUAAAAUCGUUAAAGAAACUGAAAAUAAGAAAUUGUCCCAAAUUGGAGGUUUCCUUUCUUGGUGACAAUUUGACAUGGUUAAAGGAACUGACAAUAGUCAAUUGUCCAAGAAUGGAUGCUUGUUUACCUGGUUGGGUUUGGCCUCCUGAUCUGCAAUUCUUAGUAAUUGGGAAGUUGAAGAAGCCCUUCUCCGAGUGGGGCCCACAAAGUUUUCCAACCUCACUUGUGGAACUAUCCUUAUAUGGUGGUGGUGAAGAUGGAGUAAUAAUUAGUAGUAGUGAAUUUUCUCAUCUUCUUCCUUCAUCUCUUACCUCUCUUAGUAUAUGUGACUUUGAGAAACUGGAAUCUUUUUUAGUGGGACUCCAACACCUCCAACGUCUCACUUUCUACAAAUGCCCUAAUCUGAAGAAAGUGUCUUCACAUCCCCAACACCUCACCUCCCUCCACCAUCUCCAUUUUCUCGAUUGCCCUAAGAUGACGGAUCUACCAGAGUUGUUGUUGCCUUCACUCUUAAGUUUAUACAUCUUGGGUAAUUGCCCAGGAGGAGUUCUGAAAGAAAGAUGCAGUAAAGGAGGUAGAUACUGGCCCCUCAUCUCCCAUAUCCCCUGUAUUGACACAGAAUGAAGUUAAUACGAAGAUCCAGUUGUGACGGGAAGCAUUUUUACACUCUCUACUAAAGAUUUGCCAACCUUCACAGACCUUGAUUGGUGGAUUAUAAUGUUGGCUACCUUUUUCCUUUAUCGUUUUUUGUCAAUACCUGUGCCUAAAAGAACCAGUUGACUCAGAUUCUAUGUUGCUGGUAAUGGGUCAGACUAUAGAUUGUAUUCUGUGUGUAGUAUACCUAUUACUCUAUUAGUGAUCGUGCAUCACUGAUGUUAGUUGCGACUAUUUCAUCAUUUUAUUUAACCAAAGUUCUUGCGAUGGCCG